GUGAGCUCCAAGAAUCAAGCAAAAAAACAGUUGACCGCUUGAUUGCCGCACAGGAUUCACUGGUUGAGGCUGCAAAAGAACAAGAAAGCUCAAUCAGUAAUAUAAUUGCACAAGCCACAAAGUAAGCUGCUGUCACCUGUAAGAAAUUUGAAAUUGUGAAGAAAUAUCAUAAGGAUGUCGAAAAAUGAAGCAAAAAACAAGAGGAGGCUAAGCCAACUUGAGCCAUCGCAUGAUAUUGCAAGUAGGAAGACACGAUCUAGAGCUGAAUCUCAAACUCAAAUCAUUGUUCAACCUGAACUACUACAGAGCGAUCAUUCUUUGGAAGUUGCACAAGUAAGAGAAGAACAAGGAAUUCAAGUUAUUGCGAGGAGAGAGAGUGAAAAGGUCAAGACAUUUUCCAGAAUGUCCCCUGCCACUUUGUAUAAGCUACUCGUGGGUGAUAGAAAUUUCAAGGGUUUGACUGAAAAACAAAAAGAUGAUGUUCAUGCAAUAGGAUUUGGUAGAUUAUUGGAUCUACAGAUAGAAGAGUUGCCAUGGGACCUCUGUCGGUGGCUAGUUAAAAAUUUUGAUCCUUUUCAUUCCUCUCUUCUUUUGGAUACGGGUAAAAUGAAAAUAACAUUAGAUGAUGUUUAUGUUUCUUUGGGAUUGCCAAAAGGUGCAAAAAAGGUUAUUGAAGCAAAGGCUAGGGAUCCUAGUGUUGAGUAUACAAAAAUUGUUAGCGAUUGGUUUCGUGAUUUAGGAGUUAACAAUACUGUGACGGUGGGGGAUAUUGUGAAGAAUAUUAAGGUUCUGGUGGAUGGAGGGGAAAUAUUUAAGAGGAGCUUUGUGGUUCUUGUAGUUUCAACAUUGUUGAAUGGAAAUAAAAAUGCUAAAGCAAACUACAAGAUAUUGAAAUCUUUAGGGGAUGUUAAUGAUGUUAAGGACAUGAAGUGGUGCCAAUACACAUUAGAAUCUCUAUGUGAUUGUAGUAGGGAAUGGCAAGCCGAAAAUGGAGAUGGUCUGUUUAAAGGGCCUGCUAUAGUUCUACUGCUUUGUUACAUGGAUCGUGUGACCUUUAUGGGUCGUCAGCUUGUUGAGAGGAAGUUUCCCCUCAUCAAGUCUUGGACAACGAGCAAAAUUCAGGAGAGGUCUGAUUUGGAGAAAAAAAUGGCGGGAAGAUUUGGACAAGGUAAAGUGGAAGAGACCUUGACCAUUAAAGAAGAAAAAGAAACAAAUGGUGCUGAUCAAAAGGAAUGCCUAAAAGAGGUUGUGAGUGCUGCAAUGGAGUUUGCCGGAGCAUUUAGUAAAUUUGUUGAUGUCGUUGAACAAGCAAAUUCAAAAUUUCCGAACUUCCAAGCUGUAGCUAAGUUGCAUAACUUAGCGAAUAUGAUAUUUGACGUGUAUCAAGAAUGUGACAAGCAUGAGCAGCAAACUGACCAGCAAACUAACGAGCAAGAGGAGUCAAUUGAUAUGAAUGAGAUGCACACUCAAAGUAUUGAUAGGCCAGAGGAGCCAAAGGAGCAAACUAUGGAUGGGGAUUUCGUGCUUGAUGACGAGCAUUUGGGUCCGGAUUUCUAGAAGGCUUUUGAUGAGGAGGUUAGAAAAGCUAUUAGCAACAGGGCAGCAAAUAAGGUUAGCAGACCCUCGACACUUUCUCCUCCUCCUUCUCCUCCUCCUCAUCCUUCUCCUCUUCUGACUAAGCUGCCUCCUCCUCAAACUAAGCUGCCUCCUCCUCCUCCUCCUCCUCCUCC